UAGUUGUCAUUUAAAUUACGGACCUGGCCACCGAUGUGGUGCACCUUUGGUACCACAAUCAUUCAGACCAGCUAUACACCGUUCGUUCCACCUACCGUACUACAUCAGUUCCUUCGGCGGUUGAGUCAUAAUAUAAUAGAGCGUCGUCAGCCAGCAGCAAAACCAAACAAGGCGGUGCCAGGCGUCGAUUAGACGUUCAAAACGGAUGAACUGUCCCAUCAGGGAAAUGGAAAGGUUUGAAAAGUGCAAAGUGUGAGUUCCCGAAUUUCCAGAAAAAAUCCGGUUGCAGUCCAAGUUGCGUCAGUGGUUAAGAAACCUCCCAAUCGACAAAUGGAGGAAUUUCUCGAGAUCAACUGGAACAGCAUCUCCACGCUCUCAGGCAAUGGUAGAUCUCUGCUUCCUAUAUCUGCAGAUCCCAAAGUAGCCUUGGACACCUUGAAGAAGGCUAUACAGUCCACAGAUGACAAAGAACUGAGGAGCAACUUUCCCCAAGACGACAAAACUCUCAUGAAAUUCCUAAACGCCCGCAAACUAAACGUGGACUCGACCUUCAAGCUCAUACAGAAUUUCUACUGGUACAGGAAGAAGAACGCUACCAUUUUUGCUAACCUAACCAUAGACAGCUGCGAUAUAAAAGACUGCAUCAGGAGCUGUCUACCAGGUGUCCUACCUUCAAAGGAUAGAAAGGGCAGAUGUGUCCUUCUCUUUUUGGCAAAUAACUGGGAUUGCACCUAUGGAAUCAUCAGCAUAUACAGAACGCUUCUGUUUACCCUGGAGUACCUCCUGGAAGACAUCCACAAUCAAUCCAAUGGUUUCGUGGUUAUAGUUGAUUGGACGGAAUUCUCCUUCAGGAAAACCUCGCAUUUCGGUCCUAGUCUUCUCAAACUGAUGGUAGAGGGAUUACAGAAUUGUUUUCCAGCUCGUUUUAAGGGUGUACACUUCCUGGGACAACCAUGGUAUGUCGAGGCAGCUCUCAUGGUUAUCAAACCGUUUCUGAAUGAGAAAAUCAAGGAAAGGAUUUAUGUCCAUGGCAAUAAUUUGAGUGUGUUACAUGAGCACGUACAUAAAGAUGUGUUACCAGCUGAAUUAGGAGGAGAAAAACCCAGCUACAAUCCUGAACAAUGGCUGAAGACUGUCGAGAAUGGACAGAGAAUCAUAUGAGGAAUUGAAGCAACUUGAAAUUAACCUUAAACCUACUUUUAGGGUGAAUAAAUUAGGAGAUACAGUACCUAACUUAAUUUCCUCGAGGAUAAAACCCUACCUGGAAGGAAUAAAAUAAUCCACUUCGUUUUAGAAUGUGAUCUCAAUAAUGGGCUUUAUUUAAUGAAAAUGCAUAAGAAGCUGAACACAAAUCGAAAGCGAUUUAAAAGUGCAUGUCCGUGUUAACCGACUGUAACGAUGGCAUGGAAACUACGUCAAUUUCUCAUUGAAUUAUAUAAUCUUCAAAGUAGAAAUUGAAAGUGAUAUCGGGUAUAUUGAACACAACUGUAUCAUCGAAAUAGCCCUAAAUUAUACUUCACAGAAAAGAAAUGUUCAACUAAAUUAUUCAUCUAGCCUUGUCAACUUUUUUCAUCGAAAAAAUCGAGACUUUCCAAAAAAUAGUUCUUUCUACAUUCACAAUAAUAGGUUUUCUCUUUUCUAAAUUAAGAAAAUUCUGCUGAAGAAAAAUAUGUGUUAUCAUUUGCUAUCUAUACCAUGAAAACAAUCUGUACUAGAUCGGUUGUUCAUGAUGAUCAUUUUAAAAUAGUUCCAUUUGAAAUGUUUUUUAGUUUUUCUAUUUGAAUUAGAAUCUCAGAUUGGUGAUUGUGAUAGAUCGAAGUCAGUAUUGCAGGAAUUGAAAGAUGUUUACUGUGUUCAAUUCUGCUGAAUUAUAGAUACUUAGUCAUUUUUGAAAUCUGUUUAUAGAUUAUUUUUUUAUGUGUGUAUAGAAUAAAAUAUGCGUUCGUAAC